AUAUUUCGUGUAUAAAUCUACAGGUUUGUGGAUUACUUCGCGAAAUAUGCCCAAGUCAAAUCGCUUCGCUGCGAGCGCUGCGGAAGGUGCGGCAGCAAAACGGCUGAAAGUUUUAGCGAGCGGAGAUGCUCGUGACUUUGCGGACGUGAACUCGGACGUUGGAGGAACUAUGGCGAAGAAUUCUCUGGAUUCGGAUGAAGAAGACUAUGAUUCGGAUGGACCCGCUGUUGGUAGCAAAUACGAUGUCGAUGUUGACAGUGGUGAAGAAGAUGCCACAAUUGAUUUUGACGACGGAGUGAAGAUAACUCCUUUCAAUAUGAAAGAAGAAUUGGAAGAAGGGCAUUUCGAUGCCGAAGGCACCUACCAUGUAAACAAGGAAGAUGAAAUAAAGGAUAAUUGGCUUGAAAACGUUGAUUGGACUCGUGUUCGAAAGCCUGAGAAAGCAGAAUCAAGUGAUGACGAAGAACUGCCCGAGAAGUUUGAUUCCGCGUCAUGUUACGAGCAAAUGAUGAAGUUGAUGGAACCAGGUGAAACUGUAUCGGCUGCGCUGAAGAGACUGGGUGGCAAGAAGACGAAAAAGAAACCGUUGACAUCUUUGGAAAGAUUGCGUCGGAAAAAACUCGGCUUACCUUUAGAUGAAGAUGAUCCCGAUGAUUCGAAACGAGCUGCCUUCAUAACUCUCACAGGUCUCGCGGAUUCUGCAUUGACAAAUCUUGGGUUCAUGGAUGUAUACGACGAAACCUAUGAAUCAUUAAAUCUUAAAAUUAAGAAGGAAACGCAAACUGCCGCCGUAGAUGCUGUUGACAUGUUUUCAGACGAACCCGGGCCAUCAACAGUGCAAUUUUCCGAACCGUCGGAAGAGGAGAAGAAAGCUGAAUCCGUGAAAUGGAUGUAUAAGUUUGAUUCAAAACCAGACGAAAUUCUUGGCCCUCUAGGUUCUGCCGAAAUGUCAGAAAUGCUUGCCACGUGUGGUGAGGAACACACAACUGUGCGAGUUCGUCGGGUGGAUAAAUCUGAAGGCCCGUGGUACAGCGCUGUUCGGGUUUCAUUCGUGAUUCGGGACGAGGUGGAGAAGCAACACCGAGCGGGAGUGAAUUCCUUGCAAUUCGAUCCCUGCCUCAAUCGUUUGUACUCUUCGGGACGUGAUGGUAUCAUUCGAAUAUGGAAUUGCAAUAAUAAUAAGGAUCCAUAUGUUUCAUCUAUGGAACAUCACACCGAUUGGGUCAACGAUAUCAUAUUGUGUUGUGGAGGCAAAAAUUUGAUAUCGGCAAGUUCCGAUACCACAGUGAAGGUAUGGAACGCGCAUAAGGGGUUCUGCAUGUCAACACUACGUACUCACAAAGACUACGUGAAAGCUCUUGCCUACGCUAAGGACAAAGAACAUGUUGCUUCCGCCGGCUUGGACAAAGCCAUAUUCCUCUGGGACGUCAACACACUCACUGCCCUUACAGCGAGCAAUAAUACAGUCACUACUUCUUCGCUGAACGGGAGUAAAGACUCUAUCUACAGCUUGGCCAUGAACCAAGCGGGAACGCUGAUUGCCGCGGGUUCUACGGAAAAGUUGAUUCGACUAUGGGAUCCUCGAACUUGUGCCAAAAUUAUGAAGCUAAGAGGUCACACUGACAAUGUUCGUGCUUUGCUCAUUAACCGCGACGGGACCCAGAUCUUGUCGGGAAGUUCAGAUGGAACGAUUCGAUUGUGGUCCAUCGCUCAGCAGCAAUGCAUCGCUACAGUGCGGGUUCAUUCUGGAGGCGUGUGGACGCUGCAGAGUGAUGACAACUUCAAUUCUUGUUUCUCCGCUGGAAAGGAUCAUUGCGUUUACUAUUCUGAUCUGUCUCGGACGGACGAAAGUGUGCUAGUCUGCGAAGAGAGUGCGCCAAUUUUGAAGAUUUGCUUGAUGCCCGAUAGGGAGUCGCUCUGGAUUGCCACUUCCGAGUCUGAUAUUAAGAAAUGGUCGCUGAAAAAUUUGAAAUCCGAGGACGGCGAUGACUUGUCCGGGUCGGAAUGCCCCAUCAGUCAUGGUGAUGAUGAUUUGAACGGGGCUGGAAUGAGGAAUGGCUCGAUUUCAUCAAAAUCUCGUCAAAGAGGUUAUUGCCCGGUAGCUGAGCCCAGUUGGACAAUUGCUGGAGGGUCGAGCAUUCGUGCUUACCACAUCCUCAACGACAAGCGACACGUGUUGACCAAAGACACUGCUGGGAAUGUAGAACUUUUUGAUGUGCUGAAGGCUGUGAAACUUAGCAAUUUGGGAAAGAUCGAUUUCGCGGAAGAAGUGAGAAGAAGGAAUCCAAUGGUUGCUGUUCCCAGUUGGUUUUCAGUUGAUUUGAAAACAGGGAUGCUCUGCAUUCACCUCGCACAAGAUGAAAACGAUUGCUUCUCUGCUUGGGUUUCUUCGAGAGAAGCUGGAAUCGCUUUAAAUGAUGGUCCGGAUCAGAAAGUCAAUUACGGCGGACUGUUGCUUUCGGCAUUGCUCGAACACUGGCCUAGAACGUUCAUGGAAAGCGAGGAAGACGAGAAGAUAGUAUUGAAAGGAAAUCCAUAUUUUAAAGUUCCACUUCAUACCCCGGUGAUAUUUAGUGAGGUUGGUGGGCGAACAUUGUACCGAUUGCUUGUUCGAGACGCUGGUGGGGACACUGAGUGUCUCUUGCUGAAUGAAACAGUCCCACAUUGGGUUCUGGACGUGGUCAUCGAUCGUAAUUCUCCUCGUUUCCACAAAAUCCCCUUCUUCUUGGUUCCGCAUCCUUCGUCAGGAAUAAAAGUUGCCAAGAAGGAUCGGUUGAUUGCGAACGACUUCAUUCAGAUUAGGAAAGUAAUGGAGCACGUUUACGAGAAGGUCAUGCCUACGACAGGAGUCAAUAUGGGCUCGUUGGGGUCUGCUUCAAGUCAGCAACAAUCGUCUACAUCUGGUCCUCAGUACCAAGCAACAAAUUAUGCCGGACAAAAUGGUGGUGCCAAUGGAUCUGGUGAUCCUGAUGAAGGAGAUGCUGCGAGUAGAACCAGUUCACCUCCGAAAAAUAGUGGGGACGACGAAACCUCAUCCCUUGCAGAAGAACGAAUUGAAAUAUUCUGCGAUGGACAGACCGAUCAAGUGACAUUCCAAGAGUUCGGCUCUCGCACAAACUCUGUUGCGCCAGUCGUUGAACCUUCGCCCUUAAAAAUUACUUCCGUCUUCAGCGAAAAUUGUUUAUUCGCUAAUAUGUUUUGCAUUCGACGCUGGACCGGAGGAAAAUCGUCGUUGCAGCGCAUUCCGAUACGCCAGUUUGUUAAAAAUAUUUACCUGAACGUUCGGCUUGCAAUUCUCGAACGUGUGGAAGCCAUUGUCAUUGAUGGAUCUCGGAAACGGUUUUUGGAGCGAGUUUCGAAGACUGCUUUUGCGCCGAUGGAUAUGAUGGAAGUUGAGAAUGUAGCCCCGAAAGUGGAACCGACAAAGCCUUGUGAAUGGGUUUCACCGUUCAAGUAUUUUGUGGAAACGUGUCGCGAGAUGCAUUUGGCUCGACAUCCUGGGCAGCCCGUGGACGUGAAUGAAAUCAAAACGAAAUGUCGCGAGCGCUGGAAGACGAUGACCGAUGCUCAAAAGUCCCGUUUCGUGAGCAUGUCGGACAAGGAUAAGGUCAGGUUCGAUUCGGAGAUGAGGGAAUACAACAAGUUUGCCCCGACGGUCAUUGAGGACAAGCCGCCAGCGACUGAAUCUGAGUCUGAGGACCUUAUCGUUCCCGCUCAUGAGACCAAGAGCAACAAGAAAGUUGGCGGAAAAAAGACCAACAGCCCUAAAAUCCCUAAACAAGCCGUUGACGAAAAGCCCAAGAAAACCCGUGCCAAGAGGGAGGAAGGAUUACCGAAGCGAGCCAAAACGGCGUACAUGUUUUUCAUGAACACAAGUAGGGCGGAGUUUUGCGAUCACGCACGCAGCGUGUCUCGUGACGUUAUUAAAGAUUUGGGAAAGCGGUGGCAUUCACUCACGCCAGAAGAAAAGAUUCCUUAUGAGAAUUUGGCAGAACAGGACAAAGAACGAUUCAAAAAGGAGAUGGAGAUUUACGAGAAGAAGAAAGCGGAAAUGAUGGUGAUUCAGAAUCAUCAGCCGAUGGACGAAGAUGGUGAUCAGAACAACGACGGAAACUCCGUGAACGAAUUUGGCGACGACUGAAACUGUGCUGAAAAAUUUGGUGGCCGUGUAGACAAAGUGGAAAUUUUUUUUUCGAGCUGUGCAACGAAAAGCUUUUUUUUCUGCCCAUUACAUUCGGUGUAAUCCUGGUGCCAGAAGUUAUUUGUGAGGGUGAUCAUGAAGCACAGGUUGGUGAUUUUUUUUGCGCGUGUAUUGGGAGAAGGUGAAAAUUUCUGCCCCGCCGUGAGGUUAUGUUACCCUGUUUCCGGGCCACUGCUUCCAACAGUUCUUUCCAACAAUCCCCGGAGUCUGCGAUCUCUUCAAAUCAUUUUUUUGUAGAUUUUUCUUCUUACUCGUGAUUUGACACCGAUUGGUUGAUAGUACUGAUUCGUAAAAGUGAAAUUAGCGCGAAGUGAGUCGGAAACACGGUUCGAACUUUGGUAAGAUUUUUUUUUUUGGGAUGGGGCAGGAUCGAUGCUCGUGGAGUCUGUUCCACUGUAGAAAGCGCGACAUUUUGAGUCUCUGAAUCGGAUUUGAUGAUGAAUCUUGAGUUAGAUCUAUGUCGGCUGAUUUUUUUUGCGGUUAGUAUAUUAAUGUGCAUUGUGGAUUGCUUCUCGGUGUCGUGCUUCGAGAAAUUCAGCCAAAGUUUGAACUGAGUGGCUCAUCUGAACUUCAGCGCAAGUAACUCGAGUGCUUGGGUAACAUUAAACGAAGUGUUGCUGUACAGCUAAGUAAUGAAGCGGUCAACAAGGUGCCCUGAACGCGGCUUUGGAACAAUUGAAGAAAACAGCUGCUAGGUUAUCCUCGAUCCAAAACUCAGGUUUUUUUUUUAUAGUGUCCUCAUUGAAUCUCCAGAGUUGAUCUCUCAUCUGGUUUUAUUUCGACAUCCGAGAAUCCUCUUCAUUCCCACCAUUCAACGCCAUUUUCCGACUUAUGUUUUGCUGUUGAGUCUCGAGGGUUUGCGCAAAAGUUUUCAAGCUUUUCUGCUGGCAUUUUUUUGAAGAAGCCGAGUGUGCUAAAAGAUUUUUAUUUUUUAAAUGCAUUUAGGUAAAAAUUGAAAAUAUUUUUUUCUGAUUGUUCGGGCAUGAACCGUAAUAUCGAACAUAGAAAUGGUUAUUUUUCAAAUUCCUUACCAAGAAAUUGCAUUUGCCGAUGAGGUGUUCUCGAUUUUUGGGCAGCUGCGUGUUUCCAACUAUCUUCGUUUUCAGAAGUUUGGGUUUUACAGUGGGUUCUCCACAGUUUAUUCAGCAGCGUUUUUCACGAUUCGCGGGAAGUUUUCGUCUUCACAAGCAGCAUUUAGCAAGUGUUCUUUAUUUAACUUCUAAGCCUUGUUGUUAUCACAUGAUAUUGCGGAAAAGGUGAAUGAGCUUUUCACGAGUUACCAGACGUGUUUUGGCAGAAAAGAGAGAAAACUUUGUGCGAACCCUUAUCGGAAGCGUCUUCUGAUUGCUGUUGAGCAGCGUUCCGUUUUGGUGUGGGAAGCACUCCGUGGAAAAUGUGUUCGAUCGCGUCAGAUUUCCUUUUUUUUUUUGCUGUACGAACAAUCCAUUCGUUGUAUUUAACAAAAUAAAAAGCAUGGCUGCUUCGCUGAAAUAGGGAAACUAGAAAUGAAGAGCGUUCCAGGUUUGUGCGAUUCAUUCGGCGAAUUAUUUCGUCCCGUUUUUGUUCGUUCUCCGCAAUAAAACUUCUGAGGGGUUUAUCGGAAAAGUUACUUCAGGGUAGUGCAAAAAGUAGACGAAUAUUUUAGAGUUGUUAAUUCCUGGAUGGUUGAAUGUAAAGCGUUGAAA